CUCGGUGCAUUGCCAUUUUCUUCUGCUCGCCGACGGAAUCUUCAUUUUUUCCGGAAGAUUCUCCGAUGAACUCCGACAGAAGAAUGAACGUGAAAUUUCCGUCAGCUGAUUUCUCUUAGUUUUUUUCCACUUUUACACGUGGCAUUUCCGGCAGCUUCUCCGAUUACCAUCGGCAACGGAGAAAUACGAAGAAAUAAACAAACGAACUGCUCAAUAUUGCCGUCGCCGGAGGAUUUUAUAGGCCACAACAGCUUUUUAGUUUCUAUCAAAUUGGCUUGGAAGCAAAGUCUUUGAUGACCGUUGAAUGGUCCUUGAGAUGAAGAUUUUUCGUGAAUAAACUACUCUUUUGAUUUGACAACAAGAAAUGAGGGGUCGAAAGGAAGCUGCAAUUGCUUUCAUCAUUAGCUUGGUGUGGAUACAGCAAGUUGUUGGCGAUGAAGAAGGGCGUAAUGCAUCAGUAACAAGUAAUUGGACUUGCAGCUGUCUCGCCAACCCAAGUUUUGCUGUUCCAGAAAACUGUUCAUCAUCUUGUAAUUGCACUAUUGACAAAUCAAGCAAGAACAAAUGGAUAUGUACAUGUGCAGCUGAUGGGUUUCCUAGAGUGACUGCUGAUCAUAAUCACAGCAGCUGUUUUACAGCCUGUGAUUGCCGUUAUGGAACUCAAGUUGAAGUGCAGCCUGCAAAGAAGAAGAUAUCCAGCAAAGUUAUUUUGGUCAUUCUGUUACUAUGUGCGACAGUCAUAACUCUUGGUUUUGUUGCUUCGAUGUUGUGCUAUGCCUAUAGAAAGGAUAAAUAUUCGAUUCAACGACCUUUAUUUUCGUCCGACAAAGAUACAAGUUGCAACAGUGUUACCAACUUAAUACUAAGCCAAGGAACUUCAAAUGGAGAACAUGGAGGAUAUGCAAGUUCCUCCAAUUGUAUUGCAGGUUGUGUUCCCAAAGCAUCCAUUCUUUUCAAAAGAAAACCGGAAGUGUUUUAUGGAACGAUUAUUCAAUUCUCGUAUGCUGACUUAGAGAGUGCAACCAAUAAGUUCUCUGAUUCCAAUUUGAUUGGGGUGGGAGGAAGCAGCCAUGUAUACCGUGGAUAUUUCAAAGAUGGAAAAACUCUGGCAAUUAAGCGAAUUAAAACUCAGGCAGGGCGGGAUGCUGACUCUGCUUUCUUGACGGAGAUAGAGCUCAUAUCAAGACUUCAUCAUCGUCAUGUGGUUCCGUUGCUUGGCUACUGCUCUGAGCACCACGGUAAACAUGCGGAGAGGCUGCUUAUUUUCGAAUUCAUGGAAAAUGGCAAUCUGAGAGAUUGUCUGGAUGGGGCUUCAGGGAGACGUUUGGAUUGGAGUACACGAGUCGCAGUUGCUUUUGGAGCUGCACGUGGCUUGGAGUAUCUGCAUGAAGCAGCUGCACCAAGAAUUUUACACCGAGAUGUUAAAUCCACUAACGUCCUAUUGGAUGAUAACUAUAGAGCAAAGAUUACUGAUCUUGGCAUGGCGAAGCACCUCCAAAAUGAUGGUAUUCCUAGCUGUUCCAGUUCUCCUGCUCGGAUGCAGGGGACAUUUGGCUAUUUUGCACCUGAAUAUGCAAUUGUUGGAAGAGCUUCUCUGAAGUCGGAUGUUUUUAGCUUUGGAGUUGUGCUCCUUGAACUGAUUACUGGACGACAACCAAUCCAUAAGUCAGCCAACAAAGCAGAAGAGAGCCUCGUGAUAUGGGCCACCCCUCGUCUGCUAGACAGUAGACGUGUGGUCUCAGAAUUGCCAGAUCCAAAUCUGAAAGGGGAAUUUGAAGAAGAAGAAUUGCAGGUAAUGGCUUAUUUGGCUAAGGAGUGUCUUCUAUUGGACCCAGAUUCUCGGCCAACAAUGAGUGAGGUUGUUCAAAUUUUGUCUACUAUUGCACCUGAAACAUCUAAUAGGAAACACUUUUCGAGAGAUGACUUCAAGGUCUCAUUCAGUUAUGACAACAAGAGUUGUGGAGAAAGUUCUGGCUUUGUUGAAGCUGAGGAGAUCAAGCAGAUCACAUCUGAAAAUCGCGCAUCUCACUGCUUGUUGCCCAAUUGUGAGUUCAUUCAUUGUAGUGAUCCGAAAGAAGAUGUUGUUCCAGCUGCAUAUGUCGAGAAACUGCUCCUCCAGAGUUCAAAUUCCAAAAGUUGGAGCACACAUGAUGAUGAAUCAGUGGAUUUAACUGAACCGCGGUUUGAGAAAUUUCAUAUGCCAACUAUGAGAUCACCAGGAAACAACAUAAUAGGCGCGGUAGGAAAUUUACCUUUGGUUGUUUAAAGACAGUACACAUGAACAUGUGUUGAGGCAGUCAUGCUACAGGAAACAACAUAGGUGCUCUCCUCAUUUUUUUCGCUUUUCUAGUAUUAGAGAAUCACAGGUUUGGUCAAAUGAUUACACGUAAAAGGUAUUUUUUCAAUUGAUGUAAACAAGUUUACGAUAGUUGUCUUUCUUUUGUAAAUGGUCCUAGUUAGAUAUGCAAUUCUAGAAAGUAAAAAAAGAGACAGAUUUUACA